GCUCGAAAAUCGGCGGGAAUUGACCUCCAGCAUCCACCGCUGAGCUCCAAAUCGUGCCCGGUGCGAGGCCCCGAGAAGCCAUAAAACGCCAGACCACGCAGCGCUGCCACCGAGCACCGCAACAAAGGGCUCUCACUUGCACCCGGUGCUUUCAGAGAACCAAUUAAACACCGCCGACGCGCGGACGGCUGGCGGAGACCACCUGUGAGACACGCCGCCGCCGCAGCGUCACACGAAAUCGACGGCACCAUGCUCCGCGCGCUCAGCCCCCGCCGCAAGUUCUCGUUCGACUUAGCUUUACAUAGAUCGAAGGAGAAGAAGCGCAAGGAUUCCCUGGACGAUGCUGCUUUUGCCGCCAUGGUCGACGAGACGCUCGGGUCUUCAGAAAGACCGGCGCGGUCGAAGUCUCGCGUGGCGCGCGCGGCGUCGUUCUUUCGGUCGAAGUCUCGCGAAAGAAGUGACUCCAAAGAUUAUUCAUCAUCAGCAAGGGCAUCACGACCGUCGACGCGGGACACGUCCGCCCGAAGUUCUUGGUUGGCCAUGAAGGAGGCGAGGGAGAAGGAACCUGCGAAGAAGAAAAUGACGUAUGCGGAGCGGCGGGAGGCCGAGAAGCGGGCGGGCAAACAUAGGGAAAGAGGUCGUCGUUCUGCGCGUGGUGAUGAUGCGCCUCGCAUCCGGGACUUGUCCCGAGACGCGGCGGCCCGUCUGGCGCAACAGCCUCCACCUCCAAGACGAGCUGUCAGUGCGCAGCCUCGACGUACACAGCCGCCCCCGGCACCUAGAAGGGCGCGGGACGACUCUCAUCGAAGGGCGCUGCGGCCGCCGGCCGACGCGCCGUCGUGGCAACAAUUAAAGGCGAGAGCGUUGGCCGCCGACGACGCGGCCAUGGCGUCGUACAUCGAGCGGGAGGGCGGCUUCACGAGCGUCGGUGGGCCCGCGUUCACGGACUGGUUUAGAGAAAGGUUUCCGGAAAAUGACGUCUCGAGUGCCCCUGCGGCGCACAAGGCGCUCUGGACGGAGCGAGAACGGCAAGGUAGAUUAGAUGCGGCCGGCUUAACACCGGCGGAAGGCGAGUCGCGCGGCUACCUGGCGCGACUACGAGGUAUACAAGCUCCGGAGUCGCCCAAGACGUUCAAGUCGGGCGCUUCACUUAGAAAGACGUCCGAUGGGCGGGACGUGCAUGUCGUCACUUGGAGGGUCGAACGCUGGUCCUCGUUGCCGGCCGGCUUCCGGCAAGGCGCUCGUUAUAGACCGCCCGGGCCCGCGCCCUGGUCCCUCGACCUCUACAAGGGCGGUAUCAAGAAGGAGCGGCCCGGAUUUGUAUCUUUAUACGUGCACUACGCGGCGCCGUCGCCCGAUUCCACGGCCAAGGUGGCUGCCUUAGAACUGUCAUUAUUACAUCAGGACGGCGGCGCGCACCUAACGCGCCGCCACGAGGGGAAACGCGUCUUCGGCGCCAAGGCCGACUUGGUGAAGAAGAUCUCGACAUCAGCGGGCACGGCGGCGCUAGCGCACGUCGUCCUGACGCAGGUCGGCGCUUUUGGAUUUGUGAAGGACUACGGUCGUGUUGCGGGCGGAGGUCGAAAUGGCACCGGCAGCGCCAUGGGUUUUAGCUGA